CAAUAAGUUCGUUCAAACCAGUGAUUAUAAUUUAAUGAAUAUAAUGAUGUUUAUAUUGAAAGCUUUCACUAAAGUUCUGUAAUCCAAGAUUCUCACAGCUAGUGUUCUGCUAUUGCAACGCUUUUGGUGUGAAAUAUCUACUCUGAGACUUCAAAGUGCAUACUACUCCCUAAGAGAUGGACGUAGUCGUGUCCUUGGCAAAGGCUUUGUUACAACAUUGGGCCUAGAAAAAGCAAGCACCGUUUCCAUAUUAGCUCUAUAGCUAGCCAGGUAUUUGUGAUACCUAGGAUAUGGAUCUUUUACUGUAGGAACAUGGUGUCAACAGCAGCAACUUGAGUGUCGUCCAGGAAGAGCGCUCUGUCCAGCAUUUCGCGGUCGAUGCCUUUUCCGAACAUAGCUGAAGGCAUCAACUCAGUUCAAGGAUGCUGGCUAUUCAAGACGUUCAGACUUGCUGCAGGCACCUUCCCCUUGUUCAGCUGACAGAGUAGUGAUCCUCUGGAGAAAAUGAAAGUUUCUCCCUUGAUCACCAUCUUUGCCUAGACCUUGUUGGAUAUGGUGGGGUCGUACCGAGGAUUGUUGGUGUCAUUCCCCGUAUAAAUUUCUCCCUCCAAGCAGUACAGAGUCUCAGUGGCCAAGUUGUGGGUGUGGGAAGCGAUGAUAAUACCAGAAAACAAUAUCAAGGCGAAUGAGAGACAAUCCCUGAGAGUUCAGAACCGGCCACUCUCUGACGAAUGCGAGUGUUCCAAUUCCGAUCAAAGCAGAUCUGGUGGCAUCUGAGGCUUCGGCAUGCCCAGAAAGUCCUCGGUGAUAGCAAGCGCAGGCAGUUCACAAGGGAAGCCAUUGGAAAUCAUUCCGGCACAAUAUCGGCAAUGCAGAAAUCCUCCAGGAUGGAUCAGGAUCAGCUACAGAAAUCAUGUGGACAGUUGACAACAUUCCAGCUGCAAGUAUUAAAGCAGCUGCUAAUAUCAAUGUUGGCAUAGACGACCGGGUCGUUGACAAAUCCGUUCUACCAUUGUGUACCGAAAUCUAACAGGAGGAGCUCAGUGUCGCACCUUAAUUCUGCUUCGGCUGAACUCCUGGAGAUGCAGCGGGCAACCUUCAACAUUCUCUUUUACUGAAAGUCAUUUCAAGUUGCGAAAUAAGGAAUGGCCAGAUAUUGCUGAGACACAUACAGACAUCCAGUUACUGUAGAUUGUCAUUGUCAAGGUAUGUUGUAGGAUCUAUUGACUCUUGUCUCAGCUGCUAUUUCUAUGCUUAUUGUUCGCGCCUUCACAACAGGAGCUGGUGUUAGAUGAAAAGAGGCAACUCCACCUAAAUCACACAAGGAGAAGUCUGGUCAAAAUGUAACAAUCUAAGGUACGUCUCUGCAGCUAGUCAAAAUCUGAAAGUUGAGUCCAAUCCAAAAUCUUAAUUAAACACGCCCUACUGAACUUAUAAAUCUUCGUGCUGUAGGCAGCCCCUACUGGUCUUAGUGACGUCAUCAGUAUGAAAGUUUUGUUCAAGGAUUU